GUGCAAACACAGGAGCGGAUUAUUACAAUCGGAUCCAACGCCGAGCCUCAACCAAGACAACAAUGGAACAAAUUUCCCAAACGUUUAACAAGCCCAAGGUGGAACUACACGUUCACUUGGAUGCCACCAUCAAGCCGGAAACCAUACUGCACUUUGCUAAGAAAAAACAAAUGGAAUUACCCGGAGGGGAGAGCGCGGAGAGUCUAAUGGAAAAAGUUGUUUGUAAAAGCCCUGGAAGCCUCACCGAGUUUCUUUCCAAAUUCAACAUCUACAUGCCAGCUGUUGCUGGGGACCGAGAGGCUGUGAAAAGAAUCGCUUAUGAGUUCGUUGAGAUGAAAGCUAAAGAAGGAGUGAUUUAUGCAGAGGUCAGAUACAAUCCUCACCUCUUUGCCAAUUUCAACGUUGAUCCGAUCCCUUGGGGGCAGAAAGAAGGAGAUCUCAGCCCUGAGGAAGUAGUAAAUCUUGUGAAUGAAGGGCUGAAAGAAGGUGAAAGAGAUUUCAACAUUAAGGUCAAGUCGAUCCUGUGUUGCCUGCGACAUAUACCAAGUUGGUCACUCGAGGUUGUGGAACUCUGCAAGAAAUAUAAGAACGACACGGUUGUGGCUAUCGACCUGGCUGGUGAUGAAUCCCUGAAUAAUAAAGCAGUUCUGGAACAUCUGAUAGCUUAUGAGGAGGCUGUCAGAUGUGGAGUCCACAGAACCGUUCACGCUGGAGAGGCAGGACCGGCUUCAGUGGUCGAAGAGGCCGUAGACGUGUUAAAGGCCGAGAGGAUAGGGCAUGGUUACCACACUCUGCAGGACCCAAAGCUGUAUAAACGCUUACUGGAGAUGGACAUGCAUUUUGAGAUGUGCCCUUGGUCAAGUUACAUAACAGGAGCCUGUGACACCGACUUCACCAACCAUCCACUGGUCCAGCUUAAGGCAGAUGAAGCCAACUUCUCCUUAAAUACAGACGGACCUCUUCCCUUUGGAACCACCCUGGAGAAAGAUUACUCUAUAGCAAGGAACCAUAUGGGGUUCAGUAAUGAAGAUUUCAUGCGUGUGAACAUCAACGCGGCGCGUUCGUGUUUCCUGCCCGACGCGGAGAAGCAAGAACUUCUGAAUCAAUUAUACAGCGCCUAUGGAAUGGCGGCCAUAUAAAGGAUUCUUGGGGGUUCUGCGAAGGUCUGCUUUGGUGAGGCCUAUAGAGGCCUGAAGACCAGAGAAUGACGUCAACGCAUUUGUUUAAUCUAUGUUUAGCAAAACAAUACAUUUUGUGGAAAUUAACCUAUUAAAUGGAUCAAAUAUGAA